AUGGGUCGUAAUAAACGACAGGUGAUUUCAGAUAUCAGAGAGACAAGUACACGUACGACACGACGAGUAGAAGGAGAUUCAGACCAGGACGUCGAGAAGACUGGGACAAGGGAUAGACAGAGUGUCACAGGUACAUCUAGGUUGGUGGCUGUCGAUGAUGAUGGACCUACUCGAACACCUUCACCCACGGAGAUGCCAUCACAAAGUUUAGGAGGCGAGAGGCAAUCGAUCACUCCUGGUGAUACCAAUACGAGUUCUUUCUCUGCUCAGUCUACCAUAUUUCUCAACUCCUUUCCUCCCAAUUUCCCAGUCGAUACUCCCCAACCUGCACUUCCCAAUUCCUCGAAUAGGGGAUAUAUGUUCAUGAAAGAUCAACAAGUAUUGGAUUCUAUGUUAAUAUUCUUCGUCAUUUUCGGUACCUGCCUCUUACUCACUAUAACAUGUAUAAAGUGUAAUUCGCUAUUUACAGCUGCAGAUCAACGAAGGAAAGGUAAAGUAGAUAAUGUUAUAAUGGAAGAUAUGAAAUGGGCUGAAGGGAGGGAAGUCAUUGAGAGAAAGAUCAUUUGGGAGACUGGAACUGAUUCGAUAAAGUCGAAAAAGGGAGGAGUCGGAGGGGCGAGGAGGAGUGUUUUGGGUUUGGGUUUGGGAAAAGGGAGAAGUAGUGGAUUGAGAAAGUGA